GGGGCAACAUCCCCACAUACUCCUGUGCCACAGUUGUGGCCGCCCACUGCAGGCAGGCAUAUGCAACUCAUACGGGGAAACAUCCCCCACCCCAGGUUCCUGGUGCAAGUGGCCAGGAGGGAUAUUGUUUCUGAGCCCCAUGGGACAUCUUCUAUACAAGGGCACUCCUUCCAGACUGGGAGAGGUAGGUAAUUUACCUACCUUCUAAUACAAAGAAACACACACAGAGUCAGGAAAAUGAGGAGACAGAGGAAUAGAGGAAUAUGCUCCAAAUUAAAGAACAAGAAAAAGCCUCAGUAAAAGACCUUCAUACAACAGAGAUAACUGAUCCACCUGAUAAGAAGUUCAAAGUAAUGUUCACAAAGAUGCUCACUGAACUCAGGAGAAGAAUGGAUGAAUGCAGUGAGAACAUCAAAGGAGACAGAAAAUAUAACAAAGUAUCAGGCAGAAGUUACAGAGCUGAAGAAUAAUACCUAAACUGAAAUGCACGCUAGAGGGGUUCAACAGCAGACUGGAUAAAGCAGAAGGACAGAUCAGCAAGCUGAAAUAGCAAACAAUGGAAUUCACCUAAAUAGUGUAGCAAAAAGAAAUUUUUAUAAGAGAAGAUAUCUUAAAGGACCUUUGUGACAAUAUCAAGUGGAAUAACAUUUGCAUUACAGGGGAUCCAGGAGGAGAAAAGAGAGAAAGGGCCAGAAAACUAUCUGAAAAAAUAAUGGCUGAAAACCUCCCUAAUCUGAGGAAGGGAACAAAAAUUCAGAUCAAGGAAGCUGAGAGAGUUCCGUAAGAGAUGAAUCCAAAGAGAUCCACAUCAAGACACAUUAUAGUUGAAAUGGUAAAAGUAAGAGACUCUCUUCAACGAAGUGGCCAAGUGGCUCAGGGUUAGUGGCCUUGUUGACACAGAGAUGCAGACCUUGAUAGGCAAGACCAGUGGCCUUGAGAAUGAGCCCAGUGACACCAUUGAGAAUGUCAAGGCCCAAAUCAAAGACAAGGAGGGUAUCCUGCCUGACCAACAGCAUCUGACUUUUAUUAGCAAAUAGCUGGAGAAUAACCACAUUUGCUCAGACUACAAUAUCCAGAAAGAAUCUACUCUGAGCUUGGUGCUUCAUCUGAGGGGUGGCAUCAUUAAUCCUUCCCUUUUCCAGCUAACCCAGAAAAGCAACUGCAACAAGAUGAUUUGUUUUCAAUGCUAUGCUUACCUGCAGCCCUGUGCUGUGAAUUGUCGCAAGAAGUGUGGACACACCAACAAACUGCACCCCCAAAAGAAGGUAAAACAAGGCCUCUCCACUGGCUCUUCCUUUGCCCACAGGGUAGUCUCCUGCCUGAGGCCCAAGGCCCUGGCGCCUCAAUAAAGUUGCCCUUUCACCCUUUCGUUGACUGGGGGUAGGGGUGCGAGAGUGCUAAAGAUAGAGAAAAUCUCAAAA